CACCAUUCAGCCCGGUCGGUUAUUUGGUUUCGGUGCAUUGCUGGUUGACCGCUUCUGCAGCUGUGUCAGCGGCGUUGCGGUAACCAAAAUACUGACCGCCGUUCCUUGUCCCAUCCGUAUUCUGUUACAGAACCUGACCGAUGUGCUGUUGUGCAGCGUGUUCCUUGCUCCCAGCCUGUUAUUGUCGAAGUUUGAGCUAAACUGAGCAUCCACGGCUACAGAUGCACAGGCCAGCAAUUUCUUUCGACGUGUGAUCUUUUGAAACGAAGCUUACAGCUUACAUUUCCAAGCACAAGGUCUGAUAUCAAUGUGAAAACCUCAUUUGGAGCAUGCUUCCGUUAUGAUUCGGUAAUCGACGUCGGACCACCACUGCUGCCAGAGCUCGCAAGUUGAAUUGAUCUGCGUUUGUGCCAUUCUUCCGACGUCACCAUGGUGGCAAAAAACCAAGAUUCAGUGGAGUGGUUGCUGCUCCUAGCCUGCGCCGUGCAUCUCGUCGUUUGCCCGUUCACGAAAGUUGAGGAGAGCUUUAACCUGCAAGCUAUACACGACAUUAUUUACCAUAGAACGAACAUUUCGAAUUACGAUCACCUGGAAUUUCCUGGUGUUGUGCCAAGGUCGUUUGUGGGCCCCCUUAUGGUUGCUGUCUUUGCCGGACCAUGGGUUGCUGUGAGCACACUAAUGGGCUUGGAAAAGAUAGUUGCACAGUUCGUAGUGAGGGCUGUCCUUGGAACGAUGGUGGCAUGUGCGUACCGCGAGUUCAGCAGGGCCCUCCAAAAGGAAUUUGGGUUUGCCAUGACCAAUUGGCUUACAUUGCUGACAGUAUCACAGUUCCACUUUGUGUUCUAUAUGUCACGACCACUUCCCAACACCUUUGCUCUGAUUUUCGUGUUUCUUGCAUAUAGCUACUGGCUGGAACAGCGCCAUUUCCCACUCAUUGUCACAAGUGGAGUGGCUGUUCUUGUUUUUCGUGCUGAGCUGGCAUCCCUCCUGGGCAUCAUCAUUCUGAUGGAGAUCUUUUCUGGCCGCCUGAGAAUCCUGAAUGUUUUCAAGUGGGGAAUACCCAUAGCACUAGCCUUGCUUGGAACCACCAUUGCUAUUGACUCCUUCUUCUGGCAGCGAUGGCUGUGGCCAGAAGGUGAAGUGCUCUGGUUCAAUGUGGUGUUGAAUAAGAGCUCAGAAUGGGGUACCUCACCCUGGUCGUGGUACCUGUAUUCGGCCAUUCCCCGAGCGCUGGGCAGCUCCCUGCUCCUGAUCCCCAUUGGGGUGUGGGUAGACCGGCGGGUGAAGAUGCUGCUGCUGCCUGCAGUGGGAUAUGUGCUGCUCUACUCCUUCCUCCCCCACAAGGAGCUGCGUUUCAUCAUCUACACUCUCCCCCUCCUCAACGUGGCUGCUGCAAGGGCCUGCUUGUACUUCUGGAACAACAGACUCAAGUCCUCAUGGCAUGUUGUCUGCACACUGGGCAUCUGCUUCCAUCUUGUCGCCAACCUUUUUGCUACUGGCCUCCUGCUUUACAUCUCCAGCCACAACUACCCUGGCGGCUAUGCACUUAAAAAGCUCCACGAAAUUGAGGCAGGCUUGCCAGUUGCCAAUAUCCACAUCGAUGUGUUUGCUGCUCAGACCGGGGUUUCCAGAUUUGGAGAGUUGAAUCCUCAUUGGAGAUACAACAAGACGGAAAACCUUGUUCCUGGUGGCUUGGAGAUGCAGAGCUUCACCCACCUCAUCCUGGAGGGCAAGUCCAUGCACAGUAGCUCAGUGGUGCCUUACCGAGACACCCACGAGCUCCUGGCCACAGUGGAAGGUUACAGCCAUGUGCGUCUCAACUAUGCCGCCUUGCCUCUUGUGCAUGUGCGGACUCGACCCCGAGUGCUCAUCCUCAGGCGCAAGGUGCCACCCACACAGGUCAUCCUCGAUCUCCAGCGCAAGCGAUCAGCGCAAGUGUGACCAUCAUAGGUCUUGCCUGUUGCCUCAUUGUGUUUGGUUUGACCUCUCUUCUGAUAGUUGUGUCUACGUUUGCGCUGGCCCUUUUGGUUUGCUCAGUGCAAGGCUUACAGAUUUAAGAAUGUGGAAGAUGGUGUCAAGAGCAGGGUGAAUGGAACUGGCAAUGGACAUGCAUUGAGCUUCUUAAUUUAGGUGCAUUAUUUUCACUAAUGCAUUUUGUGCUAUAGCUAAGGUUUUCUUUUUUUUGUGUGUGUGUGUGUGUCUGUCUAAGACACAAGGUAAAAUUCUUAUUGUAUGAAAUUACUAUCCCUCGAAGCUUUACAUUGCAGUGUUUUAGAUGGAAUGCAUCGAGUACAUUUGUUUAAAAUAUUUA